CUCUCUGUCUCUCUCUCUCUCUCUCUCUCGUCGAUUUCAAGAACUCGUGAGGUGACCGCAGAUCUCCUCUAAGUUAUCUUUGAAACUCAACCAAAAGAAGAAGAGGAAAAUUCUACAUAAAAAAGGUUUAAGGAUGCAGCCUACAAGCUUAAUGAAAGAGGAGUUCCUAAAGAAAUGGCAAAUGGGGCUUCAGAUAUACCGUCCUUUGAUAGACAACACGAGCGUCUCCGAGAGAAGGAAAGCGAUAAAGCUCUCUGCAGACGUUGCAAUGGCUUCUCUAAGGAGAGGUACAACUUGUUGGAGCCGAGCCCUAAUCCAGAAAACCGCCACCGAGAACAAUUUCCUCGUACGUCAGAUGCUCUCUGGUAUCAAAGCCGAAACGUUAAUCAACAAGAAGUUACCUAAGGUUAUGUGUCAUAGAAAGAUAGUGAGAAGAAGCAAGAAGAACUUUAUGAGAAGGAAAUCUAGAUCAGUGAGCGAAGAGGUCGCAGCAAAAGCUAGGAAGCUCAUCAAGAGAAAGACUCAAGGAUUAAGAAACGUUGUCCCCGGUGGAGAGUUUAUGAACAACGACGUCUUGCUGAUACAAGAAACCUUAGAUUAUAUUGUCUCGCUUCAGACACAAGUGAAUGUUAUGAGGAGUAUUGUUGAUGCUGCUGAGGCCGGAAUUGAACGGACCGCAUGUUAUUUGGAGAAAUUGAAAUUUACGAUCGAGGAUUGAUAGAAUUUUAUAGUAAGUAUUGUACAAAACAGAAUCUAUACACGCUUAUAUGAAUUUUUCUAUUUUCUUAAUGGUGAUUUUAAUUGAAACAUUUUGUUAGCAUGCAUUUUAUAUUGUUUGUGUAUAGUUAUGGUUGUCGUUCGGUUGCGUUUAAUGACUG